AUGGAUAACAGUCAUCAGGCCUCCACCAACUACCGCGAAGCUUUCCAGCUCUUCGACAAGCGUGGUAACGGCCGUGUCGACCGCGGUGCGCUGGGUGACCUCCUCCGCGCAUGUGGACAGAACCCUACACUGGCUGAGAUUGCCGAUCUCGAGCGCGGUGUUGGCGCAGACUUCGACUUCGACACCUUCUCCAAGAUCCUCAACCGCCCCGGCGGCUUCCGCGAACCCUUUGACAUCGAGGAAUACAUCCGCGGCUUCCAGGUCUUCGAUAAGGACCGGAGCGGGUUUGUCGGCAAGGGUCAGAUCAAGUACAUUCUGACCAACCUGGGAGAGAAGAUGAGUGAGGAGGAGGUCGAUGAGCUGUUCAAGAGCACCAUCGAUGCAAGCAAUAACGAGGUGGACUACAGGGAGUUCGUCAAGACUAUUGCGGAGAACUAA